UCUUAGUCCGUCAACAGGCUGUUUCAUUAAAAAUAUAAAUAUUUAUUCCAUUCAAUUUUAAAUCGUAAUGCGUCGUGUAUAUGUGUAUAACAAUAAAUCUGAAGGCAAUGGAAAACUUAUGGCUGUGGAAGAUUCGAUUGAAACGUUCAAAUCACAGAUAUCCUUGCAUUUCGAUGUCGGGAAGGAAAACAUGAAAUUAUACUCGUCAAAUGGUUGUGAGAUAGUAGACCUAAGGGUAAUAAGAGAUGAUGAAAAACUGUAUCUAUCUUUGGAUACAAACUCAUCUGAAUCCUGCGAGACUGACAAUGAACGCAUGGUCUCCGAUUGGAUAACACUCAAUGUUGGCGGCAGACAUUUUACAACGUCUAGAGGAACCCUACUAGCUAAAGAGCCUUUAUCUAUGCUUGCUCGUAUGUUCGCUGAUGAAAAUAGUGUAUAUUUGAUGAAUCCAAGUGCCAAAGAUUCUACUGGCGCGUUUUUAAUAGACAGAAGUCCGGAUUAUUUCGAGCCUAUACUUAAUUAUUUACGACAUGGUGAUGUUAUACUAGACAAACAUAUUAAUCCUACAGGAGUACUGGAAGAAGCAGUAUUUUAUGGUAUUGACUCAAUGAUACCACAUUUAAAUCAAUUGAUAGAAGAGUCUACAUCAGCCAGUUCUAAUAACCAUUCUCUUACAAGGAGGGAUGUUGUACGCUCCAUAAUAUUGACCCCUACAACUUCCGAGUUAAGGUAUCAAGGUGUUAACUUGGCAAGUGCUGAUCUAAGCAGGCUGGAUUUACGAUAUAUCAAUUUUAAGUAUGCCUGUCUGUCCGGUUGUAACUUAAGUGGAGCGAACUUAUCCCACUGUUGUUUGGAGCGCGCUGAUCUGUCUCAUGCCAAUCUAGAGGGAACUCAACUUUUGGGUGUGAAGGCAUUAUGCGCUAAUAUGGAAGGCGCAAACUUAAGAGGCUGUAAUAUGGAAGACCCAGCGGGGUCGAGGGCUGUGUUGGAAGGAGUUAACCUAAAAGGUGCAAACUUAGAAGGUAGCAACAUGGCGGGUGUUAACUUAAGAGUGGCAACAUUGAAAAAUGCCAACCUUCAGAACUGUGAUCUAAGGACCGCUGUGUUAGCGGGUGCUGAUUUAGAGUGCUGUGAUUUAUCAGGCAGUGAUCUUCAUGAAGCAAAUCUCCGCGGGGCAAAUCUAAAAGAUGCUGCCUUCGAGUUAAUGUUGACGCCUUUACAUAUGUCGCAAACUAUACGUUGAUAUGUAUUUAAGAACAUAAGAAUUGGUUAUACAACUAUUGUAUUUUAUAUUUAUUUGAAUAAAAUUUAUUUGCCUUGUU